AGAGCUCACACCGACAGACAUGGGGAACUGCCAGGCGGCGGACGCGGCGGCCGUGGUGAUCCAGCACUCGGGCGACGGCAAGGUCGAGCGCCUCCAUUGGCCGACCACCGCGGCGGACGUCAUGCGCAGGAACCCCGGCCACUACGUCGCCCUCGUCGUCCUGCAUCACGUCGACGCCGAGCCCGAACCCGCCGUCGCCGGAGAAAAUGGAGGUGCGAGGAUAACCAAGAUCAAGCUCCUCAAGCCAAAGGACACGCUCCUCCUCGGCCAGGUCUACCGCCUCAUCACCUCCCAAGAGGUAACCAAGGCCGUGCAGGCGAGGAAGCAGGAGAGGAUGCGCGGCUGCGACGAGGUGAUUGAGCAGCAGCGGCCACGGCUGUACCGGCGGCGACAACAGCAGAGGCCCAGGGGCGACGACGCGGCCACGGCCGCCAACGGAGAACAGAGCCAGCCCGCCGACCACCAGGAACGGAAGCGGUUGGAGAAGGACCGGCACCACCGGAGCAUCACCGCCGCCCGCGGCAGAGGCAGAGGCGGGCACUGGCGCCCGGCGCUGCAGAGCAUCACGGAGUCGUCGUCGAGCGCUAGCGGACACACCGACUGCGAGGAUACACGUAAAUGA